CAGCUCCCCCCUCCCGCAUGAGGCACCAUUUAAACUUUGUUAGAGGAAAAUGAUGGGGAACAAAGAAGCGGUGAUGAUAUUGCCACCACACCACACAAGCCACGUUCACCAUUUCCUUCCCCCGCUCCUCCACUGAAUUUCCCCACACAAUAUUCCAAAAAGGGGGCCAAAAAAAAGAAAGAAGAAGGAACCAUGCUUGAUCCCAGAACUGAACUGUCUGCAAAUCGUGCCGUUGCAGGCAUCAAUGACAGUUAUGGAAGUUGGGGGAGCAUGAGAUUUGGUGGCAGGCCUCAGAGAAGUGCUAGAAACCAUGAAAAUUACGGGGCUUGGAAUGGUGGUGACUGGCAAUUCGGAGCUGAAGCAAAGGUGGAAGACGAGUCCGGUGUUUGCUCUCCGCCUCUGUGGAAAACGAGCCCAUCUGGGAGUCCUAAUGGAGGAAAUUCCCCUUUGCAUCGCCGCCAUCAUCAAAAUCAUUACAGGAGCCUAUCUCCAGCGUCGAGAAUGCAGGCGAUUGCUCAAGGCCAGAGGGAGCUUAUGGAGAUGGUCCGCACCAUGCCCGAAUCAUGUUAUGAGCUUUCUUUGAAGGAUCUUGUUGAGCGGCCAGUGGUACAAGCCCCACAGGACCCUUUUCCUGAAAAGAGGAAUUUUGGUGAUGAAAUUGCAACUAGCAGGGAGAAGAAGAAAGUGAAGGAUCGUAAGAAGACGAAUGAUACUAAGCCAAAGAUGGGGAGAAGUGGAAGUCUUGACAACGGAGGCUUUCUUCUCAAGAUGGUGUUUCCUGUUUCUUUUAGAUUAAAGAAGAAGAAGAAUUCAGCAACAAACACUUGUUCCAAAGUCUCUCCCAAGCCUAUGGCAUCGGAUGGAUCUGCAAAAAGUGUAGACAAGGAGUGGUGGAAGAAAAAAGUCACCGUCUCAGGAGAGAGCGAUGGUGGAGGAACCACCAGCAACAGUGGAAGCAGCGGUAGCAGCAGCAGUAGCAGUAUUUGCAGCAACAGAAGCAGCAGGCAACUGAGUGGCUUAUUCACUGUUUGCUGGUCCUACUUGCGCUCCAAGAAAAGGAAAACAAAGGACUAAUGGAGCUGCCUCCUAUGGGCUGGAGUAGACAAUAAAUAUUUUGUAUCUAUCCUUCCAAUACUAGAUUACAUGAGAUAAUCAAAUCAGAGGAAAAUUUGUAAUGUGUCCUGUCUAUAGUCUUCAAGGUUUUCAACUAUUGUAAUUUUCUUUCUUUCUUUCUUUUCUUUCUAAUUAUUUUUUCCAUCCUUUGUUUGGUGAGAUGUGAGUGUCAUUUUCAGUAUGCAGAUGCUUCCAAUGGAAGAUUGUCUGCCAUGAAAUAUAUAUAUAAUUGACACCA